AUGGCACAUGAUCUUGCCGGGCACAUUCCUACUGCCAACCGAGCAGACAUUCAGAAACGACGGGCAGAGGAGUACAAGAAGCACCAGGCGAGAACAGGCUCCAUUUUGAACACACUCCUCCUUGCUGCGUCCAACUCUCCACUGCAGUAUCCCAUUCAGGGUUUCAUAGUACGCCCCUUGGUCCCCACUCUUAUUCCAGGUUUAGCGUUGAACUCAGCUCAAAGAAGCAGCUACAAGGUAUCACUAAAUGUCACCAAAGGUGUGCUCCGUCUAGGGAGCACAAGUAAAGCAGAGAGUGUCGAAGGUGGUGGGAAGAACUUGUUGAUCUUGGAAAAGCUGAACUUAGAGGAACUCAACAAACUUCUGGCAAAUGUCACCUACACCAGCACUGUGUACCACAUACACACCGGAGACCUGGUUCACUUCUCGUUUGAGCAUCAUGAAGCUGUCUUCCCCAUUGUCAUUCGGCGACCAACCGUUCCUGUACUUUUCGACAUGGGAACAAACAUUAGAGACCAAGUGACAGUCACCACCAAGACCUUCCUGCGCUACAAGGAGUUGAAGGUGCUCAUAAGAAGCCUCAGACAAUUCUACAAAGACGUGGUGCUCAUCGUGGCCGAUGACAGCUUUACUCCAGAAAAGAUCACAGAAGAAAAUGUUCUGCAAUACAUCAUGCCUGGGGGACAGGGCUGGUUUGCUGGCAGAACCCUGGCUGUCUCUCAAGUCACCACCAAGUACUUUCUUUGGGUGGAUGACGACUUUCUAUUCACUGAUAAAACAAAGAUAGAGGAUCUUGUGGAGGUGAUGGAGGCAACACCAGAGUUGGAUGUGGUUGGGGCAUCAGUUAAUGGAAGCGAGUUCUACUUCUCCAUCGACUAUGAGGAAGGCGAUGGAGUCUACGGAGGCUGCCUGCAAAGGAAGUCCAAAGUAAAGAUCCGAUCACUACCAAAUUACCCACAAUGUUCCAUAGUCGAUGGGGUGGUCAACUUCUUCCUGGCUCGUACCGAUGCUGUGAAUCGAGUGAGAUUUGACCCCAAGCUGAAGAGAGUGGCACAUUCAGAAUUCUUCAUGGAUGGUCUCGGCCAAUUGAUGGUUGCUUCGUGUGGCCAUGUUUCCAUCGGCCAUCAGUCGAAAAUGGCCAUUGCUGAAUAUCAGCGUUUCAGACAUCCCGGAAAUGCUGAAGUGCAGUAUAAACUACAGCUGCACUACUACAAAAACCAUCUAAAAUGUAUCCACUAUGGAUAGAAAGAAUCCCGAAUGAUCCUCACCCUAUAAGUUAAAGUCAACUUCCAGUUUCUGGUCCACUUUUUGGAACCAUAUUUAAACCGGCACUAUGUAUGUUUUACCAUAAGCAACCUCCUUUGGCUUGAAUGAUUGCUAGAGUAACGUCUUCAUCAUUUUCAGACAAC